AUGGAUCCUCCGACUGCAAUCGAUAUGGACCAAAUGAUCACGGGAGUAGACCUUACGAUGGACAACGGUCCUUGGGUCGAAGGGAAUCUAUCCAUGACGUCGCGCUACAACUAUUUCAGCUGUGGAUUGCUUCAGGGUUGGCUUGAUACUCCUUUCGAUUCUUUGGUUCCCGAAAUCCCGCUUCAAGAUAACACUAACUUAGACACGUCUCCCCAAACACAUCAGUUCAACAAUGCUCUCCUCACAACUACCAGCCAUGACUCCUCGCCCAACGCCUUGAACGAUGCCAUCGCAGAAUCAGAUGCAAUGGCAUUUUUCACAACAUAUAAUUCAACGUCAACUGAAAGCACUACAUUGUCGCCUGAGUCCCUAUGGUUAGGAGGUUCACUAACUACUGAAUCAAGCGCCAGUUCAGUUCACGGUGUUCCCUUCGCUCAGUUAGAUGACUCCUACCUCUCUGGAACCUCACUAAGCCCGGCGCCACUUGCGGACCUACAAAAUUAUCCGCAGCCAGGGAAUAGUUCGAAUGACCAAGUGACUCUAGUCUCCAAAAAGACUCGAAGUCGUCCAUGUGAUUUGAGACGGGAGAGAAAGAAGGACGAAAGGCCUGAGCUCUGCAAGUUCUGCCCCAGACGCUUCGGCUUCGGACGUGAUUUGAAGCGACAUAUCAUCGCCAAGCACAAGCACGAAGCGAAGACUAUAGGGUUGUCUGUGGAAACAUUCAGAUGCAAGCACCCGUCUUGUAUAAAAACGUUCAGCAGGGAAGACAAUCUCACAAGACACGUGAAAAAUCAUCAUUUAACGUGA